GACGGGAGCCCCUUUCUCUUGCGCCUUAUAAUGCGGUAUUGGAUUGGAUGACGCACCUUCAACCACAACCACAACCACUACUCAUAGAAACAGUAGACUCGAACAAACGCUUACAUCCCUAACAAGCAUUGUUGAUAUCUUCGCCAAGCAACAUGCCUGGUCAGAUAAUCGCUCAGCCAAACCCUCCCCCGGACCCCUCUCAUCUCCCCGACUCGGUUCGCGAGUAUGCUGUUCAAAUCAAAACGAGCAACGUCCUUACGGAGUCUGAACUCCGUGCGAUUGAGAAGUUCAGGCGAGCAGUUAACUACAUUGCUGCUGCGAUGAUUUUCUUGGAGAAUAAUGUCCUGCUUGAACGCCAGUUGACUUUUGAUGAUAUCAAACCUAGACUUCUUGGCCAUUGGGGUACUUGCCCUGGCUUAGUCUUAGUGUAUGCGCACCUUAACAGGAUCAUUAAGAAGACCAAUCUUGACUCUUUGCUGGUAGUCGGCCCAGGCCAUGGAGCACCUGCCAUCCUGGCGUCCUUAUGGCUCGAAGACUCAUUAUCUCCCUUCUGGGAGCCUUACACACGUGAUCGUGCUGGCUUGACAAGGCUCAUCACAAAGUUUAGUGCGCCUGGAGGUUUCCCAAGUCAUAUCAAUGCCGAAACCCCUGGAUCUAUUCAUGAAGGUGGUGAACUCGGUUAUGCUCUCAGUGUCGCGUUUGGCGCUGUUAUGGAUAAUCCUCAUCUUGUCGUUACCUGCAUUGUUGGUGACGGCGAGGCUGAGACCGGACCGACCGCCACUGCCUGGCAUGGGUACAAGUUCAUCGAUCCCGCUGAAUCUGGUGCCGUUCUCCCUAUCGUGCACUUGAAUGGGUUCAAGAUUUCCGAACGUACCAUUUACGGAUGCAUGGAUGAUAAAGAGCUCAUAGCCUUGUUCAGUGGCUAUGGUUAUCAGGUCCGAAUUGUCAGUGACUUGAAAAAUAUUGAUCAAGAUCUGGCCGCGUCUAUGGAGUGGGCUCUGGCCGAAAUAUCCCGUAUUCAGAAGGCAGCUCGCUCAGGGAAACCCAUUGUGAAGCCGCGCUGGCCUGUUUUGAUCCUUCGCACUCCCAAGGGCUGGUCAUGUCCCAAGAUGAUGCAUGGCGAGUUUAUCGAGGGGUCGUUCCACUCACACCAAGUGCCGCUGCCGGAGGCGAAAACGUCACAGGAAGAGCUUCAAGCCCUUCAGGAUUGGCUUCAGAGCUAUGGUCCUCAUGAGCUUUUUGCUACCCAAGGCGGGAGAGGCGUGGUGGAUGGCGCUCCUAUUGAAGAGGUGCUAAGCAUCGUCCCUGACAAGAAAGAUAAAAAGCUUGGUUGCAGGAAGGAAGCAUAUGCCGCCUUCCAGCCCAUCCAUGUUCCAGAAUGGAUCCAUCUCGGGGUUCAAAAGGGGUCGCAGGCAAGUUGCAUGAAGGUAGUUGGGACGCUGUUGAGGGAUACGAUUAAGGAGAAUCCUACCACCUUCCGGAUCUUCUCUCCUGACGAACUCGUGUCUAACAAGCUAGACGCUGUGUUUGAUGUUACUGGACGCAAUCUCCAGUGGGACGUUGCUUCCCGCGCUCAGGGCGGGCGCGUUAUUGAAAUUUUGUCUGAGCAUACCUGCCAAGGCAUGUUGCAAGGGUACACACUUACUGGCAGGACUGCGCUCUUCCCGAGCUAUGAAGCCUUCCUUGGCAUCGUACACACCAUGAUGGUGCAGUAUAGCAAGUUCACGAAGAUGGCCCACGAGACUGAUUGGAGACACGAUGUUGGUUCCGUGAAUUAUCUCGAGACAUCUACGUGGGCACGUCAGGAGCACAACGGCUUCUCUCAUCAGAACCCGUCAUUUAUUGGUGCCGUACUCAAUUUGAAGCCGGCGCUGGCGCGCGUGUACCUGCCGCCUGAUGCAAAUUGCUUCUUGUCCACGGUGGCCCAUUGCUUGAGGGCGAAGAACUACGUGAACUUGAUGGUUGGUAGCAAACAACCCACGCCCGUCUGGUUGAGCCCUAAGGAGGCGAACAUGCACUGCGUUGCGGGCGCGUCUAUAUGGAAGUUUGCAAGCGUCGACGAUGGUGUAAACCCGGACGUCGUCCUUGUUGGCAUCGGUGUCGAAGUGACAUUCGAAGUUAUAGCAGCUGCUGCGCUCCUUCGCAAGAUGGCUCCCGCUCUGCGAGUGCGUGUCGUCAACGUAACUGACCUCAUGAUUCUCGGACCCCAUGGCAGCCACCCGCAUGCCCUGAACAACGAUGAUUUCGACACGCUUUUCACCAAGGACAAGAGUAUCAUCGUGAACUACCACGGAUACCCCAUCGAAGUGAAAGGUUUGAUAUUUGGUAGGCCAGCUGUGGACAGGAUCACCAUCGAGGGGUAUCGUGAAGAGGGAACAACAACCUCUCCAUUCGAUAUGAUGCUGUGCAAUCAAACGUCUAGGUAUCACAUCGCCGCGGCCGCCAUCCGGGCUGGUGCUCUUGUCAAUCCGAAAGUUUCAACGGAGGCUCAUGCGAAGGCAGCCUACAUCAUGCAUAUGGCCGCAAAGGACAAAGAGUACAUCUUUGCUCACGGAACGGAUCCUGAAGGCACCUUUGACACUCCCAAAUUUAACUGAACACAACGCUUGACAUGAAUUUUCACCGGUCACCCGUGUAUUAUAGCUAUGAGUUUGAUUAAUGUAUCACUAUCUGUAUUUUCGCAUCCUGUAUUACUCGACGCCAUGCAUAAAAUGCUUUCGGGCUCGCCGUGAACGCUCGAUCGCUCGAA